UCUUGCAAGAAGGACAGAUCCUGGGCAGGGCUGGCAGCAACUACCCUCCCAAGGAGCGCAUGACCUGCCCUGUCACUCCCGCUGAGCAACCUCCUAAGAAAGGCCACAACUCCUCCAAGAAGCACGAGGCAGGGGAGCAGUUGGCUGGGUCAGGACUCAAGGCAGCAUCGACAGCCGAGUUAUUCAUCUUCUCGACCAAGGUUAACGCUGACCCCAAGCCAUUCUUCCCCUCAAAAGCAUGAGAGUGGCAGGUCUGAUCCGUGCUGCAGCCUUCAUCUUUACCCUGGUUGCCAUGUGGGUCUUCCUUCGCACCUAUAUCAGCUUCAGCAGGAAAACCAUCCGUCUGCCCCGCUGGCUGGGCAUGGCCCCCAAGGAGACCCGGCUCCCGGAUACCAAGUGUGGGCUCAGCAAGCUCUGCCCAGACAACUUCUUCGCAUUUAAAAUCAGCAGUGGGGCUGCCAAUGUCGUGGGCCCCUCCAUGUGCUUCGAAAACGAAAUCAUCAUGAGUCCUGUGAGAAACAACGUGGGCAGAGGCCUGAACAUCGCUCUGGUGAACGGAUCUACGGGACACGUGCUGAGAAAGGGCAGCUUUGACAUGUACUCUGGAGAACCCCAACUCCUGCUGAACUUCCUUGCAGAAAUUCCAGAUAGCACGCUUGUGCUGGUGGCCUCCUAUGAUGACCCAGGGACCAAAAUGAAUGACAAAAUCAGGAUGCUCUUCACCAACCUGGGCAGUUCCUAUGCAAAUCAGCUGGGCUUCCGGGACAGCUGGGUCUUCCUAGGUGCUAAAGACCUCAAGAAUAAAAGCCCCUUUGAGCAGUUCUUAAAGAACACCCCAGAAACAAAUAAAUAUGAAGGAUGGCCGGAGUUACUAGAGCUGGAAGGCUGCGUGCCACGGAAGGUAUUUUAGGGUGCUCAUGGCCCUUCUGGCCCAGGAGGCCGAAGAAACGCCCAAAUGACUUGAGAGUAGAGCCCAGGGUUGCUGGGUCUGUGCUGACAGGAGCUGACUGGAAGGAAGAGAGAAGGAAGUCAUGCGCUGCUCAUCCCCUUGGGUGGUGUGACUCACUUCCUGUCUGAUGAAACAACACCGCCCCACACACACACUGCCCGGCAAUGACCAGCCUGAAGACUGGCAGCCAUGGGACCUGUGGAAAUGUCUGGGGUGGAAAGAACAAGUGAGACCUCCCAAGACAGCCCAAGGUUGUCUCCAAAAGGACUGGCUGUUUAUGCCUAAGUAGGAUUAAAUUUUAUUUUUGCUGAUUUUGAACUUUCCAA